UCCAUCCAAGAUGGGAUGAAGGCAUGGAAUAGGUGGAGGUGUACCUUAAAUUACGGCUCAUGCGCGUACAUUCUUGUGUUCUUGUUUCAGGCACGCCUGUUUGAUGAGCCUCAGCUUGCCAGCCUCUGUCUAGAAAACAUUGAUAAGAACACGGGGGAUGCUCUCGCUGCCGAAGGCUUCACAGACGUUGACCUCGAUACGCUGGUCGCCGUGUUGGAGAGGGACACUUUGGGUGUGCGGGAGGUACGUUUGUUUGGCGCUGCAGUGCGUUGGGCGGAAGCGGAGGCCCACCGGCAGCAAUUGCAGCCCACCCCGGAGAACAAGCGCAAAGUGCUGGGCAAGGCGCUCACACUUAUCCGCUUCCCUCUCAUGACCAUUGAAGAGUUUGCCGCAGGACCGGCGCAGUCCAGCAUACUGACUGAUCGAGAGGUGGUGAGUCUCUUCCUCCACUUCACAGUGAACCCUAAACCGCGCGUCGACUUCAUCGAUCGGCCACGCUGCUGCCUCCGUGGGAAGGAGUGCAGCAUCACGCGGUUUGGACAGGUGGAGAGUCGCUGGGGCUACAGUGGGACAAGCGACCGCAUACGGUAAGCCACGAAAGCGCUGAAACCGUUUUAAGAUUGCUUCCCAUGUGACUCGCAUACGGCCGUACAUUAACCUGCGAGUGCCCCAACGCAAGAGUAAGCGUCGUCACUUUGUCCAGUAAUUUUUUUUUUGCUUUGUAUUGCGAGCCAAAAUAUGGGGUACAUGUCACCGCUCAAAUGAAGU